GUCUCAGCCCCUUAGGUCCCCACUCCGUAAUGGAAGCGUGCGGGCGCUUGGACUGUUUUCUUUUCUGAACUCCGUUGGGGGUGGUAGCGGGGGUCUUUUCCGAGUCCUACUGGCCGCCUUGGGAGGAAGGCGAAAGUUUUAGCGGCGCUUCUUUUGGAGGGUGGGAGAGAAAUAAUGACAGAAGAAAGCAAAGAAGGCAAAGGCGAGAGCGGGAAGGAUCCGGAGAAGCAGCUACGCCUGCGGGUGUGCGUUUUGAAUGAGCUGCUGAAGACGGAGCGCGACUACGUGAACACUUUGGAGUUUUUGGUGUCGGCAUUCCUUCACAGAAUAAUGCAAUGGGCUAUUACCAAGGUUGAUAAAAACGUAACAGAGGAAACGGUUAAGACAUUGUUCUCAAAUAUUGAAGAUAUUCUAGAAGUUCACAAGAAUUUCCUAUCUAGGAUUGAAGAAUGUCUGCAUCCUGAACCUAAUUCGCAACAAGAAGUGGGAUCCUGCUUUCUCCACUUUAGAGACAGAUUUCGUAUCUAUGAUGAAUAUUGCAGCAAUCAUGAAAAAGCACAAAAACUUUUGCUUGAACUUAACAAAAUAAAAACAGUACGGACAUUUUUACUGAACUGCAUGCUGUUGGGAGGACGGAAGAAUACAGAUGUACCUUUAGAAGGUUAUUUGGUAACGCCAAUCCAGAGAAUAUGCAAGUAUCCACUUCUUUUGAAGGAAUUGUUAAAGCGCACUCCCAAAAAGCACAGUGACUACUCUGCCUUAAUGGAAGCUCUCCAAACAAUGAAAGCUGUCUGUUCCAGCAUAAAUGAAGCCAAGAGACAGAUGGAAAAAUUAGAGAUUUUAGAGGAAUGGCAGUCUCACAUUGAAGGAUGGGAGGGAUCUAACAUCACAGACACUUGCACAGAAAUGCUGAUGUGUGGAGUUUUGUUGAAAAUCUCAGCAGGAAAUAUACAGGAGCGAGUGUUCUUUCUUUUUGACAAUCUUUUGGUCUAUUGCAAAAGAAAGCAUAGACGCUUGAAAAACAGCAAAGCAUCUCCAGAAGGUCAUCGAUACCUUUUCCGGGGCAGAAUAAAUACAGAGGUGAUGGAAGUUGAGAAUGUAGAUGAUGGCACAGCUGAUUAUCACAGCAGUGGUCACAUUGUUCUCAAUGGUUGGAAGAUACACAACACAGCAAAGAAUAAAUGGUUUGUGUGUAUGGCCAAAACACCUGAAGAAAAGCAUGAGUGGCUGGAAGCUAUCCUAAAAGAAAGAGAAAGAAGAAAAGGGCUAAAACUUGGUAUGGAACAAGAUACUUGGGUGAUGAUCUCUGAACAGGGAGAAAAACUUUACAAAAUGAUGUGCAGACAAGGGAAUUUGAUCAAAGACCGAAAGAGAAAAUUAACUACUUUUCCAAAAUGUUUCCUUGGAAAUGAGUUUGUAUCUUGGUUAUUGGAAACUGGAGAGAUUCACAGGCCGGAAGAAGGUGUUCAUCUUGGUCAGGCUUUGUUAGAGAAUGGCAUUAUCCACCAUGUUACAGACAAACAUCAGUUUAAACCUGAACACAUGCUCUAUAGAUUCCGUUAUGAUGAUGGCACAUAUUAUCCAAGAAAUGAAAUGCAGGAUGUCAUUUCCAAGGGUGUAAGAUUGUAUUAUCGUCUGCACAGUCUGUUUUCUCCUGUGAUAAGAGAUAAAGAUUACCAUUUAAGAACCUACAAAUCUGUCAUAAUGGCUAAUAAAAUGAUAGACUGGCUAAUUGCACAGGGGGAUUGCAGAACAAGAGAAGAAGCAAUGAUCUUUGGAAUAGCACUUUGUGACAAUGGAUUUAUGCAUCAUGUGCUGGAAAAAAGCGAAUUCAAAGAUGAACCACUUCUUUUCCGUUUUUUUGCGGAUGAAGAAAUGGAAGGCUCCAACAUGAAGCAUAGACUUAUGAAGCAUGACUUAAAAGUAGUGGAAAAUGUAAUAGCAAAAUCAUUGCUGAUCAGAUCAACUGAAGGGACCUAUGGUUUUGGCUUGGAAGACAAAAACAAAGCACCAAUUGUUAAAACAGUAGAAAAGGGCUCAAAUGCUGAGGUGGCAGGUCUGGAAAUUGGGAAAAAGAUCUUUACCAUUAAUGGUGACCUAGUUUUUCUAAGGCCCUUCACUGAAGUGGAUAGCUUUCUGAAAGCAUGUUUAAACAGCAGAAAGCCCCUCAGGGUCCUUGUGAGCACAAAGCCAAGGGAGACAGUUAAAAUUCCUGACUCUGUGGAUGGCCUUGGAUUCCAAAUACGAGGUUUUGGCCCUUCUGUUGUUCACGCUGUUGGAAGAGGAACUGUGUCAGCUGCUGCUGGACUUCAUCCUGGACAGUGCAUAAUCAAAGUGAAUGGAAUUAAUGUCAGCAAAGAAACACAUGCAAGUGUUAUUGCCCAUGUGACAGCCUGUAGGAAAUACAGACGUCCAAUGCAUCAAGAUUCUAUUCAGUGGAUAUAUAACAACACUGACAGUGCACAGGAGGAUUUUCAGAAAGCGAAUACUAAACCAUUGGGUGAUGAUGGAGGAGAUGCAUUUGAUUAUAAAGUUGAAGAAGCAAUUGAUAAAUUUAAUACUAUGGCAAUAAUUGAUGGACGAAAGGACCAUGUCUGCCUGACUGUUGAUAAUGUUCAUCUGGAAUAUGGUGUUGUUUAUGAGUAUGACAGUACUGCUGGAAUAAAAUGCCAUGUUUUAGAGAAAAUGAUUGAACCAAAAGGUUUUUUCAGCCUGACUGCAAAGAUCCUUGAAGCUCUAGCAAAAAGUGAUGAACAAUUUCUGCAAAACUGUAGUAGCUUAAAUAGUAUACAUGAAGUAAUUCCUACCAAUCUUCAAAGCAAAUUCAGUGCUAAUUGCAGUGAAAAAAUAGAGCACAUUUGCAGAAGAAUUACAAGUUACAAAAAGUUUUCACGGGUCUUAAAAAAUCGAGCUUGGCCUACCUUCAAGCAAGCUAAGGCAAAGAUCUCACCACUGCACAGCAGUGAUUUCUGUCCGACUAAUUGCCAUAUCAAUGUCAUGGAAGUGUCAUACCCUAAAACUUCAACCUCACUUGGCAGUGCCUUUGGUGUUCAGCUAGACAGCAGAAAACAUUUUUCACAUGAAAAAGAAAACAGACAUACUGAACAAGGUAAACUGAAUCCCAUGGUUUAUAUACAACAUACAAUAACAACUAUGGCAGCUCCAUCAGGUCACUCAUUAGGUCAACAGGAUGGCCAUGGUUUAAGGUACCUCUUAAAAGAAGAAGAUUUAGAAACGCAAGACAUCUAUCAGAAAUUGUUGUGCAAAUUACAAAGUGCAUUAAAGGAGGUGGAAAACUGUGUUUUUCAAAUAGAUGACCUUCUCUCUUCAAUAACAUAUUCUCCAAGUUCAGAACAUGCAACCCAUGAAUUGUUACCAUCAACAGACAGUGAUAAUGAAAAAGGAGAACGCAAUGGAAAAAAAGUAUGCUUCAAUGUAGUAAGUGAUGAACAGGAAGAUUCUGGUCAUGACACUAUAAGCAACCGGGACUCAUAUAGUGAUUGCAACAGCAACCGGAAUUCUACUGCUUCUUUUACCAGUAUUUGCAGUAGCCAAUGCAGUUCUUAUUUUCAUAGUGAUGAAAUGGAUUCAGGUGAUGAACUUCCUCAGAGUAUCUGCAUUUCUCAUGAUAAGCAGGAUAAACUUUAUGGUUGUUUGGAGCAUCUUUUUGGUCAGGUAGAUUCAAUUAUUAAUCUACUGAAAGGACCAACAGUGGCAAGAGCUUUUGAGCAAACCAAAUUCUUCAGCCCUGGUAGAAGUUUGCAAGAAUUUCAGCAAGAAGUUGAACUUAAGCUGAGCUGUCCAAAGAAACUGAGACUUCAUAUUAAGCAAGAUCCUUGGAACCUUCCCAGCAGUGUCCAAAACCUUUCUCAAAACAUCAGAAAAUUUGUCGAAGAGGUAAAAGCAAGAGUUCUUUUGGCACUUCUUGAAUAUACAGAUAGUGAGAUACAGCUCAGGAGGGACAUGGUCUUCUGCCAGAGUCUAGUAGCUACAGUUUGUGCAUUUUCAGAACAAUUAAUGGCUGCCUUAAAUCAGAUGUUUGACAAUGGCAAGGAGUGUGAAAUGGAAACGCAAGAGGCCAGUAGGAGAUGGUUGGAACAGAUAUCCACUGCAGGUGUCCUCCUUUAUUUCCAGUCACUGCUGUCACCAAAUCUGACUGACGAACAAGCUAUGCUAGAAGACACAUUGGUUGCAUUAUUUGACUUGGAGAAAGUUACAUUUUAUUUUAAACACUCUGAACAGGAGCCUUUACUAGCAAAUAUGCCAAUCACGUAUCAAGCAGAAGGAAGCCGGCAAGCUUUGAAAAUUUAUUUUUAUCUUGAUAAUUACAAUUUUGAACAGCUUCCUCAAAGACUGAAAAAUGGUGGAGGUUUUAAACUUUACCCAGUUUUAUUUGCACAAGCCCUGGAAAGUAUGGAAGGGUACUAUUAUAGAGACAAUGUAUCAGUAGAAGAAUUUCAAGCACAGAUUAAUGCAGCUUCAUUGGAAAAAGUAAAACAGUAUAACCAAAAACUCAGAGCAUUUUAUCUGGACAAAUCAAAUCUUCCUCCUAAUUCAACAUCAAAAGCUGCUUAUAUAGAUAAGCUAAUGCGACCGAUCAACUCUUUGGAUGAGCUUUACCGACUAAUGGCAUCUUUCAUAAGAUCCAAGCGCACAGCAGCCUGUGCUUACACAGCUUGCGGUGCUUCUGGAGUUGGACUACUGUCAGUCUCUUCAGAACUCUGUAGCCGGCUGGGAGCUUGCCACAUCAUCAUGUGCAAUAGUGGAGUUCACCGUUGUACGCUAAGCAUCACUUUAGAGCAAGCAGUAAUUCUUGCUCGGAGUCAUGGUCUACCUCCUCGCUAUAUCCUCCAAGCUACAGAUGUGAUGCGCAAACAAGGAGCAAGAGUUCAAAACACUGCAAAGAAUUUAGGAGUCAGGGACCGAACACCACCAUCUGCUCCAAGAUUGUACAAACUGUGUCAGCCGCCACCACCUGUUGGAGAAGAAUAAAGAUUCUUAUCUAAGGAUUAAUCAAUGUACCAAUUUCCACAAAAAGAAGGAAAACAUGAACAUAACAGUCUUUGCAAUAUGGAUAUAGAGCCCUUUCUUUUUAAAUGUGACUAUGUAAAGAGUAAUGACUUCUGUUGGAGAAAAAAAUAAUAUCUGGAUUUAAUGUGCAUGUUCUGUGAGUGUAUUCCUUGGGCUGUUUUUAAGUGCUUGAUUCAGCAAUGCCAAUUGCUCAAUUAAGUAUGGGUAGCAACAUGAAAACAAAAGAGGACAGAUUGGAAAAAACCACUACAUCAUACCAUUUCAAAAAAGCAAUUAUUUCCAUCCACAGGAUGAUUUAUUAAAUUAGUGCUCAGAUGAAGAGAUACUGUAUAUUGAAAUGCAUUCCUAAUACAUGUAUCACAGUUAUAGGAACUCUGUUACAUGCUUUGACAACAGUAAAUUUUAAUGUAAGAAACUCAGUUUGUUUCACAUGCAGGUUAGGGACUGAAACAACAGAUAAAACUGAUUAAUCAAAAUUAUGUUCAGUGGCCUACUUCAUAAGAUUUUUAAAGUAACAUUUUAAUAGCUAUAUUCCAAUUCCUCCCCCCCUUCGCAACACUCAAGAUUUGAUUUGCAUGGCCAUAUACAGUUUGCCUUAGCCUUGAAUCCACUAUGAUUAAAAAGGAAAGCCUUAAACAUAUUCUGUAACUACAGUGUGUUGUAGGCUACCUUGUCUUAACAACGAUAUAGCUUAUCCAGUUCUACAGUUUAAUGGCCAUUAGUCCUCUAGAACAUUAGGUAAGGUAGAGGAUUGAUCACAAAAUAAAACAGGGUUUUGUUUUGAAAACCAAGGAAGUAGGGGAAGAUUUAGCAUUCCCCACUCCACACGGAGGGCCUUGAACUCUGAUCAGGACACAGCUGAGAUUUUUUUUUCUCGACAAUUUUUACAUAAAUUAAAAACCAGACAAAAAAGGGGGAGAUCUAACAAAACUUGUUUGUUUCUGUUGACUAGGAUCCAUUUACUUACAUGAAUUUUACACUUGAUUAACAUUAAGCCACACUUAAUGUGCCGUGAUAAUUGUCUAGAUGUAUUACAGUAUGUUUCAAGUUAUAGACAUCAUAACAAUGAUGCAAAAAAAAUCUGUAACCUGUACAGUAAGCUAUAUAAAUAAGAGAACUUGCUGGCAGGAAGGAUGCUAGACUGAAAAUUGCAAUUGUACAUACAUUCCCCAAAUAAAGUUCCCAUGAAUUCAGUGAGUCCCAAAUAAUAGAUAAAGGAUUACAAAUGAAACAGGCCUCUGUCUGAUCCAGCAGAAUUCUUGUGUGCUUAUUAGGUUAUAUUCAUUAGGAAUAGAAAUAACAUGUAUUCUGGUAUUUACUUCAGUGAAGUGGUCAGACAUAAUAUCAGUUUUUAAUUAGGAAAAAAAAACUUGUGGAACUGUAAACUUUCUGUUAUAAUACAGAGAAUUUUUGCACCACAGAAGGACAGUAUAUCUCUAUAUUGUUAGAUCAUGGUGUUCCUGAGAUUUUCUAUAAUGAAAGUCUGUUACUCAAAAAAAAAAAAAAAAAACCUCUCCCGAGAAUUUGAAAGCAAGAAUUAAUUUCUUCCCAAUCCUGCUUUUUCUUCAAUGACAAGAAGGCAAUGACAAAGUUUUAAUAAAUAUGUACAUUUUGGAUGAAAGGAAAUUACCACAAAGUGCAAAUGCUGGUCUUACAACAAUAUAAUCAAGAGAUCAGUCACAAUAUUCCAUGUGUUCACCCUAAGGAAGCUGUGCAGUAUUUUCUAUUCAAAACUGAAUACAUUACAUAAAACAGUUUGCUUUACCAUGGCUAUUAGUUUAUAUUACCUUCAUUACCAGCACAAUAGCAACAGUAAAUUAUAUAUAAAUGCAUGCCAGAUUAAAGAUACUAAGUUACAGUAAAAAGCUUGAAUGCAAAUGUGUUGAAUGGCAAUGGGAAUUCAUACUCAUAUAUGCACUAUAAAAUCAAAUACAAUGAUGUCUGAUCCAAGAAUAAUCUGUCUGGAAGGGUUUGAAUGCUACCUUGUAGAGCAAAAACCAAAUUCUUUUACUUUUCAAUAUCCAGAGGCAUGAUUCACUUACUGAAUUUUAAGUAUCCCUUGCAUAUGUUCCUUUAAAAAUCUGAACUUCAUUGAUAUUUAAAUGUGUCCAGAUUAUACACUUGCAGCAUUUAAAUUCCAAAACAGAGUUUCUCAAACCCCUGUGACUUAGAAGGGAAUUGUAAGGGGUUUUUUUUUUUUUUAGUUGAUCAGGCUUGUACAGGCAAAGCUGGAACAGUGUCAAACCUUGUUUCCGCUUUGAUUGGGCAAGCCAGCAGAAGGGGUCUGGCAUCUGUCAAAACCAUUCAUCAAUGCAGCAGCAGCAGCACUGUGAUUGGCAGAUUUUUUCCUGAUGUCUGGUUACUUCUAGUUCAGGAAGUAGUACUGCAUUUGUAGUCUUUGGAGUGUCUUUAGAAAUGUACUGUUAUUUUAAAUUUCUGCUCUUUCAAAUUGGAAAUGUUUUGGUUUAAUGGUAAAAGAAAAGCUAAGUACGAUCUAUUGGUGGCACAGGCAGUCCCUGGGUUAAGAACCAGUUCUGUUCCUAAGUCUGUCUUUAACUCAAAUUGUAUGUAAGUUGGAACUCAUACUUAGGGAUGGGCUCCUGUUACUAAAAAUGUUGGAUGGCAUCCUUCCUCGAGCCAAAGAAUUGCUGAAGCUGCACAAUGUUUCAUGAAUCACUGAAAACAGGCUGUAUAUGAAAAAAGUGUGGCUUUUUAGUAGUAGGCAGCCCGUUCAUAAGUAUGAGUUGUCCACAAGUCAGACGUUCUUAAUCUGUGGAGUGCCUGUGCUGAUAAAGUAAGCCUCAGUCAAGAAAGCAUGAUGAACUUUACAUAUCUUUAAUUGGUAUAUUUGGUUCUUAUUCAACCCUAAUCCUAAUGAAAAUUAUUAGUUUUAUUUGGGCAGGGUGGGUUGCACAAUUCAUUUAUUCUUUUGGAAGAUGCAGUAUCAGAAUUUGAGGACUCCUGUUCUAAAACGUUAAUGCAAUUUCAACAUGGCCAUUGGAAAAAUCUCAUCCCUCCGAUGUGACAGGAAGAACCAUUUUCAGGUUAGAAAUAGUUUAAUACAGCUGAAAUCCUGCCUUUUGGAUAUAAUGAGAUGCAACUACACUUCAUUAGAACAAUUAUUAUAUUUCAACAGUGCCUAUAAAAUAUUUCUACUUUUAAACCACAUACUGCUGGCUAUGGCCAUAUUGUUACUAUUUAUAUUGUACUGUAUUUGCACAACUCAUACACAUUUCUUCAUCUGAAAAUAUCACAGCAGCAUUAUUUAAUCUGUAGCAUGUAUAUAGUGUAAGAAAUCAAGUAAUACUUAUGCCUUUUUUGUUUUAGCAAUGUUAGAUUAUGCAGAAGAAUAUAUUUUUUUAAUUACUCAAACAGAAGUCUAGAGCACUACUGUGUUUUCGCAAAAGAAAAAUAGUACAUGAAAACAUUUAUAAAGUAUAUCAAUAGUUUCUCCUGUGUCUUCCAUAUGGUAUUAUAAAUUUCAACUUUUGUUUAAAUAACAAUGAUAAAUAAAAAUAAAGCCUCUUUACAGGUGGUUUUUGUUUUGGAUUUGUGUUGGGAUGGGUUUAGAGUGGGUUUGCAAAUGGUAUUGGAAGGCUAUGGGAUUGUGGGUCCCUCAGGCUUUCCCCGGGCCAAUCAAACAUAGGAGCAGGAAAAAGAGAAGAACCAUAUUUUUAUCGCUCCAACAUAGAUUGUGUCUCUUGUCAGGCCCUUGAGAAGGAAGGGCACCUGGUGAUUGUCUCCUACUCAUUGGAGAUGGUAAGAGCCCUGUGGAGAGUCACCAGCAGUUGUGGAGUCAGGCCACUGUUCUCGGUGUGCCAACCAGCUGUUUAGCGGUUGGCAAUGCAACGAUGAAGAUGGAGCUGGCAAUGCUGGAGGAAGUUGGCAUGUUUUUGCAAGUGGAGGUGGUCACAGAAGAUUGAGGUGGCUACAGAAGAUCAGAGAAUGGCAGUUCUCUUUUGCAGGAGACAGCGUUCCUAGACUGACAGCAGUGGGAGCAGGAGCAGGCCAGCAGUGAGGUUGUUGAGGUGGCCUGGGCCAUGUAAAUGCUGCAUUAGGCCAGUAACCAACUUGUCUCUGACAUGCAGCACCUGGGCCUGGAAAGGACAGAGCAGCAGCUAUGGGCAUUUGAUGCUGCUGACCCACCAUUAUGGACUUUCUAUCUUUUCCUGGUGGACUGUAGCUUAUGAAUGUGGACUUUUCACUGAAGAGUUGGGUUUGGACUAUGGCAGGAACUUUUUUCCCACCUGGGUGCCACUUGCGCUCUCUUUGAGAGACAGAUAACAGAUUGGAAUGGAGAUGAAUAACUGAAACCAGACGGCUGUCCUUUCUGAGUAUGAGUGGUAUGGUGUGAAAGGAUGUGGAUACGAUAAAAAUGUUCAUUGUACAUGUUAUUAUUUAAAAGGAACUUCUGUUACUAGUGUGAAAAGUAACACGGAGGUCAUUCCAAUAUUUUGUCUAUCAAAAAAGCAUUUUGGUGUAAGGGUCAUACUGUACUUGCAAUAUUGCUUUUAUCUUUCUGUGGUGUUACAAACCAAACAUAUAUAAUUUGUAGAGUUGUUUCAUUGGGCUCUCUUUAUCUCACAAUCCAUUGGCAAAAAGCCCAGUGAUCACUGAGCACAUUCCAA